AUGGAUAAGUUGAUUUUGGAUUAUCCCAUCUUGCACCGCGCCAUUAUUGCUAGAGAUUUGCGUGCCUGUGAUAUUUUGCUGUCCGCAGGUGCACCAGCACUCGGUUGCUCCCAAAACUGCUCAGACGCUUGUCAAGACACUUUGGAUCUUUUUUACUACACUCCACACAAAGCUGCUCAUAGCUCUUCUGACAUUGCUUGUUUGCUUGUGUCUUCAUGGACCAAAACUCUUCAAAAGAUGCUGGCAGCCUCAAAUGCAGCCGACACGACUACUCUGGAGGCACUGCUGCAGCAGUUCAAGUCGUCUACAUGCACAUACCGCAGUUACACCGACCUAUCCAUGAAGGUGGAUCUGACUGAUCAGGACGAUUUGGGUGAUUUUACUCUUGUUUCAAUUGACGACGCACCCGUUAGACGUCCCCGUCCUAUCGACAAAAGUGUACACAAAGGAGCCGCGUCAACGCGAUCGAUUUUCGAUUACGUGACGGAGGGUGCUGGUAAGGCAUGGACAGCAUUCAUAGCGACGAGUGAGAAUCUGCUGUUUGAGGCCGAAUUCAGUGCCACUGCCUCAGUUGAAGCUGAUCUUCUGGCUCGUCGAACGAGGAAUAUAGCUGCACACUGGACACAGCGUUACCUGAACUCAAUGCUCAUAACAGCGAUUGAGAGGAACAAGAGUGCGAUCGUUGACAUCCUCCUGGAUUUCGAAUUCCGCCUCCAGUCCGUCCCACGGCCCUCCCUUAGCCUUCCCGCCCACCCAGCGGACACGAGUGUGCACCGCGACGAUGUUCGCGCCAACCCCCUUGACCUCGAGGUCAACUCCCCGGGGGUAGCCAAUUGGCUUUCUGUGGCGCUCCAGCCGAGGGACGACACGGCGUUGUUGGCUGUGAUACGCUCCAACCACUCCUGCGGUCUCUUCAGCAGGCUACUCAAGUCCAUCCACGCCUCAUGUGGAACCCCCAUGCACGAGCUGCGAAUCGCCCGUUUCACGCUGAAGGCACCUUACUCGCGUCGACUAGCCUAUGAGAAACCGCUUUUAAGGCACAGCCAAUCAUCUCAGAGUUGUGCAGGCGAGGGGGCCGACGUCUUCAACAAGACGAGGUCCCGUACUCUUCUCUUCCCACUCAAGAUUACACCAAGGUGGCUGAUAGUGACCCAUGGAGCCUCGAGCGGUAAUACGCUCUCAACCUGCCCUCUGUCCCUCCCUUCCCACAACCUCCUUUCCUCCCUUCUUCCUCACCUUGCUACUUCUUCCCCAAUUGCUGCUCGUGAGGCUUUGGUGAAAGUGCGACCAACUGCUCCUCAUUUGGCGAACUUGCCCAGCACUGGAGGCGUUCUGCCGCUUCACCUGAUCGCAGCCCUCGGCCGGAGCGAAUUGUUGCGAUCGUUUCUCGCUUCUCAGUUCUCCACCGGGGUCAAUUCGAGAUUAACUGCUCCGCUUUCAAACCUCGCGUUCAUUUGUGCCUGCAGUUUGGGGCAGCUAAUUGGAGCCAUUUUACACAGCAAACGUGGAUUUAUGUGA